AUGUGGGGUGGUGGUGGGAGGAGGCGUAUUCUUUCGAAAGAUUAUACUCUGUUGAGAGAUGAUCAGGAUGCUGAUGACAUUGAAAUUGGGCAGCAGAGAAAUGGCGCCAGUGCAUGGAGACUUGUGCUUUUUCUUGGGACGCUUGCGUUGGUCGUGGGAUCCUUGGCGACAGUGGCAGUCCCCAAGCUUGCAGGAGAGCUCAUCGAUGUUUGCAUCAACUAUGCAAAGGAGGAGAGUUCUGGGGACGUGGCAAAACGUGUGCUCAACCAGAAGCUCUUCCAGAUCAUUGGUAUCCUUGCAGUUGGCGGGGUUGCAACCGGUAUCAGGAGCUGGCUGUUCAAUGCCAGCGCGGAGAAGGUAAUGUGGCGGCUGCGGAACAAUCUCUUCUCUCACAUAAUUCUACAGGAGGUGGGAUUUUUUGACCGUGUGCGGACAGGGGAGCUCAUGAAUAGGCUGUCCGAGGACACAAGGCUCAUGAAGAGCGCUGGAACAAUUUCCAUAUCUAUCGCACUGCGGUCAUCGGUGGUGGCCAGCUUUGGCCUGGUUCUGAUGUUUAUGACGUCCCCGCUGCUGUCGGCUCUGACACUGGCAUGCCUGCCAUUCCUACUGGUGUCCUUCCGCAUCUUCAGCAAGCUCAACAUGAAGUACACGGCCGAGAUGCUGACAGCCUCUGCACAGGCCGCCACCGUGGCUGAGGAGUGCUUCGGCUCUAUUCGCACGGUGCGGUCUUUUGCAAAGGAGACAGCAUCAACAGAGAGAUAUGGCGGAGCGCAAGGGCAGGUUUUGCAAUGGGGCCUCAAGUCGGCGCGCGCUUCCGGCUUUUUCUUUGGGUUCAACUCCAUCAUAGGCACUGGCUCCAUCGUGACAGUGCUCUGGUUUGGAGCUCGCCAGGUCGUUGAUGGAAAGCUCUCGGCUGGUCAGCUGAGUUCUUUUGUCAUCUACGCCCUCUAUGUGGGCACAAAUGUUGGCGCCCUGGCUGGCGUGAUUUCCAAUCUGAUCCAGGCUGUUGGUGCAAGCAGAAGAGUGUUUGAGCUGCUGGAUCGGCAUGCUCGUCAGAAGCCAUCUGGCAAUGAGAAGCCCAUGGGCUCCCCAGAGGGAGGAGAAAUUGUCUUCGACAAUGCCUGGUUUGCCUAUCCCAGUCGGCCGGAUGUGCAGGUUCUCAAAGGGCUCAGCCUCCGUGUGCAGCGAGGUCAGAAGUUUGCCUUGGUGGGCGCUUCUGGCGGCGGCAAGUCGACCAUUGUGAAUCUCAUACAGCGCUUUUAUGAUCCUCAGAGAGGAGCAAUCAUGCUGGAUGGAGUGCACCUUCCUGAAAUUCAGCAUGAGUGGCUGCAUUCCCAGGUGUCCAUCGUCAGUCAAGAGCCCAUCUUGUUUGCAGAGUCCAUUCUUUACAACAUCACUUUCGGCGUGGAGGAGGCUGCCAAGCUGGCGAAUGCGUUUGAGUUUAUCCAGGCGUUUCCCCAGGGGUUCCACACCAAGGUGGGCGAGCGCGGCAUCCGCCUGAGCGGCGGCCAGAAGCAGCGCGUGGCCAUCGCGCGCGCCAUCCUCACCAAGCCCCGCAUCCUCCUCCUCGACGAGGCGACGAGCGCGCUGGACGCGGAGAGCGAGGCGCUGGUGCAGGAGGCGCUGGAGAGAGUGGAGGCAGGCCGCACAGUGGUAGUUAUCGCGCACCGCCUCUCCACCGUCAAGACCGCUUCCACCGUCGCCGUUAUUGAAAGCGGCGUCAUUGUCGAGCGCGGCACGCACUCCGAGUUGCUCGCCAAGGGUGGUGCCUAUGCUGUGCUGGUGCGACGGCAGCUGUCCAGCGCCAACCAUGAGUCAUCCUCGUCCCUGGCGUCCAUUGACGAAGAGGCCGAGGCUGUGCCAGAUGACAAUGCCGACCUCAUGAAUCGCACAGAGACGGGCAAGCAGCCCUGA